AUGUCACGUGAAUGGAUGGACUUUGAAAUAGUGGCUGCUGGAAGUAAUCGUACGAAUCAGCUAUCUUCUUUAAGAAGUAAAAUUAAACAGCAUUCAGAAAGUAAAUCUCAUUUAUUAGCUGAAAACGUCUUAAAGAAAGGCUCUGAAAAGGUUUUGGAUAGAAUGUUUGACCAUAUGUCCGAAACUGUGAUUAACAGUAAUAUGAGAAUUUUUCAAACUGCAUAUUGCUUAGCAAAGCAUCAUCGUCCAUUUUUACAGUUUGAAGAACUUAUUGAACUGCAGAAAAUUAAUGGAUUAAACAUGGGAUCUUCCUUGCACAGUCGAAUAACUGCCACUCGAAUAAUUAACGUUAUCGCAAAAGAAAUGCGCCAACGGCUAAUCACACGUCUUAUAGAGUCAAACUCAAAAUUCACUAUAAUGAUUGACGAAUCGACUACACUGAGCACAAAGUGUACACUUAUUUUAUAUAUUUUAUUAUCAAACUUCGAUUCAGAGAUUCCUAUUGUAGUAUUUUUGGACUUAAUAGAGCUGGAUGGGCAAGACGCUGUAAAUAUUGAGAAAGCCUUGUGGUUGAGCUUAGAAAAAAUUGGAAUUUCUAAGUCUUUUGCAUUGAAGAAUUGGAUUGCAUUUGCAAGUGAUGGAGCUAGUGUAAUGACAGGCACGAAAUCUGGAGUAGCUGCUAAACUUUGUGAGAAGAUACCGCAACUAUUUACGUGGCAUUGUUUAUGUCAUCGCCUUGAACUUUCAGUGCAUGAUGUCAUAAAAGAUGUGCAAGGUGUUUCUCGUUUUCAAAGUUUAAUGGAUAAACUUUACUCUUAUUAUCACCAAAGUCCUAAAAAUUCUAGGGCCUUAGACGAAGCUUGUUUGGAGGUUGGAAUUGAAAUGAAAAAAAUUGGUCGUAUUUUAAACGUGCGUUGGUCUGCCAGUAGUUUUCGUACGAUUAAAGCCGUGUGGGAAAAUUAUCCAGGGAUACAUAAGCACUUGAGUCAAACUCUUGAAACUGGAUUAAAAAAAAAAUUAGAAUCUUCUUCUUUCCUAGAGGAGCUUGGACUCUUUUAUGAUGUCCUUUUUGAACUCGGAAUGCUGUCUUGUAUACUUCAAUCAAGGAAAACAACAUUAAUGCGCGCUCUAUCAGAAAUGUGUAGAACAAUUAGAAUUCUAGAAAGCCUGAAGACAGAACCUGGUGAAAAAGAAAAAGAAAUCAUAGAAGCUAUACAAAAACGAAUUCAUAAAGGCAUAAAUAUUACAAUCACAAAUCGAUAG